ACCAAUUUACCUUAUACCCCCUCCCCCUCCGCAACCGCUUCUCCUCUUCGCCACGACGCGCCUUGACGGCGCCAUUCCCUUCUUCCCCGCCGUAAAAUGUCUUUCUUCAACUCAAUAGGACGGUCCAUGACACGGGCCCCGCGAGGUGGGCCUAAACGCUCGCCGACGCCGACAGGAGCGCUCUCACCGACAGAACAAGGCCCGCCGUCGGGCGCGCCCACGUCGCCCGUCUCCGCGAAUGGCACGUCGAAGCCGCUGUUCCUGUGCAGCCCGUUCGUCGAGGCCGCGCUCGUGAAGGGCAACUUCAAGCCGAUCGUGAUGCUCCCGAAGUACGUGGAGGUGAACGAGUGGGUCGCGUCGAAUAUCUUUGACUUUUAUCAGAACAUCAACAUGUUCUACGGUGUCAUAGCCGAGUUCUGCACGCCAGAGCUCUGUCCAACCAUGUCCGCGGGCCCCAACUUGAACUAUACGUGGAUAAAUCAAGACCGCAAGAGCGUCAACCUGCCCGCGCCGACGUACAUCGACUUCGUCAUGACAUGGAUCCAGAACCUCCUGGACGACGAAACCGUCUUCCCCACCAAAGCCGGCCGCGACUUCCCGCAAAGCUUCCCCGCGACGAUCAAACACGUCUACCGCCAGCUGCUCCGCGUCUUCGCGCACAUCUACCACGCGCACUACCACCAGAUCCUGCACCUGCGCUCCGAGCCGCACUUCAACUCGCUCUUCGCGCACUUCCUCGCCUUCGGGCGCGAGUACGAAUUGUUAGACGUCAAGGACGUCAAGGGCGCCCCAAAUGCGCCGACGUCCAUCGGCCCGCUAUGGGAGCGCUGGAAGGAGAUGGGGAUACUGGAGGGAUAGUUGAUGGUUUUGCGAGAGGGUGCUUUUGAUAUUGCGGAACGUAGUGUAUAUCUCUGGGGCGGAUUCACAUGUACAAAACGCAUCAAUAAUUUCUGUUUACUGAGCUGGCG